UGUGUGUGCUCCCGAGAUCUGGAAGUAGUUGUAUAAGGAGAUUUUGUAUUUAAGCUAUUGCCACUGCCAGAAGUGGUAAAACGGAGUUACACCAGGAUCAGCGUCGGGAAGAAAGCAAUAGAAACUAUCAGGUUAUUUAUUAUUAAUAUAAUCAGUUUUCGUUUAAAGAAUGUCAGUGAAAGAGAUUUGUUCUGUUUACUUAUGUCAGCAGAAAGCAGGGCCAUUAGGAACUCUGCAGGUUUACUUCACUGAAUACAAAAACUUCUGUUAUACUGUGAGCCUGUUAAAACUCCAGAUGUAGUAUUGCUAACCCUAUUCAUUCAAAAAUUGUGAGUCAGGCCCCCACAAAAAAAAUCAUAAGCUUAUCUUUAAAAAAAUGAAAUUUUAAAAAAUAAUGUUUUGAUUAUUUUGAUUUGCAUCGUGCUUCAGCUUUUAGGGGUCUUGUUUUCAAGCUUUUCUUUGUAGCUGUGAGGGCUAGAAACACUUUCAUUUUUCACAUAAUCAAUUGAUUUGAGUAGCUGGGGCUUUAAGAAAAAUACCAAAUAUUGCAAGGCUUGUGAUAAAAUCAUGAGGAUUGGCAACACAGCAGAUGAUACUAGUUCAAAAUUAAAAUAGCCAUAUCCUUGAGAAGUUUACCUUUAACACGCUGGGGUGGACAACUGAAAGAUUAUGUUUAGCAUUAAAGCAUUCUCUUUGGUAGAAGCUAUUCAGUUGGCCACUGGCUGCCCAAGGUUGGCUGGUAGACUUAUUCAUCCAACUGUUUUUCAUGUGCAUCACGGGACAAAGAGGAGUAUGGAUCCCAGGGGGAACUACAGGACUGGCCCAAACAGCACUGGCAGAGCUGGAAUAAGUGCUCCCCAAACGAAGGCAUGAGUCAUCUCUGGAUACCACUAACCGAAAAGUUUCUGGUGAUUGUGCUCAGUGCAUGCGCACAGCCAAGAAUGGAAUGGGCAUGUGCAACAUAUCUCAAUUAGUCCGGCCAAUGCCUGACACUGACCAAUGCACGGAGGAGCUGCCAAGCCUACCCUCUCCAGCUACCCAGAGAAGCUGCCAAGCCUACCCCUUGCCAGCCAUCCAGAAGAACCCAUGGUGCUGGAACGCUCUGAGGACACCACCCUGACCCAGAUCAUGGAACAGCGAGAGCUGCCUGUGCUUUUGGUUAAUGAGGUGGGCGGUUUAUGUGGUGUGCUGGAAACUCAUGUGGAAUUCUUGAAGAAACACUUUCACCUUAUCACCAUGAAGGAAUUUCUCAAAAACAAAACACAUUGGAGCAAAAAGGUCCAAGCUAUUUAUUUGUGGUGGCACAAACCAAUUAUUGACCGGCAACUCCUCGAGAGCCUGCCUGACUUGAAGGUGAUUGCAAAUUCUGGUACAGGAAUGGACCACUUGGAUCUGAAACUAAUCUCUAGCUUUGGAGUGAAAAUGGCUAAUGCUCCACAUGCUGUUUCCAGCUCCACAGCAGAUAUUGGAAUGGCUUUGCUGCUGGCAUCUGCUAGAAGACUGGUGGAAGGCUGUCAGAUGGCAGUUUCCCCAAACACUGAAUGUUUUGCUGCUGACUGGCUGGGAGAUGAAGUAUCCGGGGCUACUCUUGGUAUCAUUGGAAUGGGCAGAAUUGGGUAUAAGAUUGCACUGAGGGCCAAAGCUUUUGAAAUGAAAAUUCUGUAUCACAACAGGAACCGGAGAACUGAGGAAGAGGAACGGGCUGUUGGUGCUACUUAUUGUACAAAGAUAGAAGACUUGCUCCAGCAGUCAGAUUUCGUGUUGCUGGUUGUGAGCCUGACACCGCAGACACGUAAACUGAUUGGGAAAAAGGAGUUAGAACUGAUGAAACCCACUGCUACUCUCAUUAACAUCAGCAGAGGUCCAGUAGUAGACCAAGAUGCACUGGUGGAAACUCUUCAGACUGGUGUUAUCAAGGCUGCAGCUUUGGAUGUCACUUACCCUGAACCACUGCCCAGAGAUCAUCCAUUAUUAAAACUAAAGAACAUUCUCAUAACUCCUCACCUUGGCAUUAAAACAGACAAGACCACUAGUAUGGUAAUGGAGGAAGCAGUUGCAAAUAUAUUGGCAGCUGUUAAUGGUCUCCCUAUCCCCAAUGAAGUGUUUCCUUAGCUGAUAUAUUAAAGGACAUCAUAGCUAUAAAAGAACAUUAUUCUACAACUCUCCUUACAGGAAUGAAGACUUGUUACUACAGAUGUGUGAAACCUUUGAAUUGAACCUCAACCUUAGCCUUGAUUUUGGUUUGCAAAUAAAUAAUAAUAGCUCUCUUAUAUUGCAUUUUUCAUCAGUAGAUCACAAAGUACACUCUACAAUUGAGGUCAGUAUCAUUGCUCCCAUUUUACAGAUUGGGAAACUGAGGCACGGAGAGGGGAAAUGACUUGCCCAAGGUCACCCAGCAAGCCAAUGGCAGAGCCAGGAACAGAAUGCAGAUCUCCUCAAUCCCAGUCUAGUGUUCUAUCCUCUUGUCCAAAUGUAGAUCCAACUGUAAAUGGUUUCCAUAUCUUAUUGUUCACUUUAUACUUUGUCACAGGUGGACACAAGCUAAAUGGAUCAGUAAAAAAAUUUACUGCUGCUGAUUGUUAGUGUGUUUAUAGUUCUAACAAUGUUCUCUAGGGGAGAUUAAAUAGGAUACUCACAUAAUAUUUUCCAAUAUGUUAAUUAGUUUACUUCCAAGUCUGGUGAAUAUGCCUGACCCUGUUGAAACCCCACUUAGUCUAUCAUUUUGCAGUGGCUUUUUAAUACAGAAAAACAAGUUUAUUCAAAUCCAAGCUUUUCUAUAUUUUAGAGCCAUCAAAAUAUGUACUCCAGUAAACUUCAAUAGCCAUUUUAAGGUGAUAUUACACAAGAUAAAAUUUCCCAAAUUAUGCCAAUCUCAGAAACUUUAAGAAAUAGUAUUUCCAUAGAGGAGAAAGGCAAUUAAUGCCUUUCAAAGGGGAAAUACAGCUGGCUUUGAUGGGUUUUGCACCGAAUUUUGUAGGUCAGUUCUUAAAGAAAAUGUUUUAUGAAGACUUGCAAGAAAUGACUCCCAUCCACACUAGCUGAGGCCUAAAUAAUACUUACUCAUAAAACAGGAAAAGACCCUUCAUUACAUGUCUUUUACAUACCAAUAGCCAUACUAAAUAAAGAUAUGAAAAUAUUGGCCAAUACCCUCAUGCUCGGAUUAGGGAGAUAUCUCUCAUAAUUCAAUAUUGUCCACAAUUAAUUAACACAGACAGAGGCUUUGUGCUCAUCUACAGAUUGUCCAGUAAUCUCAGAAGAGUGUUUUUAUCUAAUUCAUUAUUCCAGUGGCACCAAAACCCUCACCCAUAUAAUAUCUAUGGAAACAUAAAAGCCCUUUGCGUAGACAAGCCUUCUUUUUAGUUAUUAAAUCAAUUUGACCUUGGCAAAAUGCUGAUUACAAUUCUGAGCCCCAAAAAACCACAGUGCUGAUUAUUACUAAAAAUCAGCUACUUCUGCCUCGUUUAAAGACAAUAGCUAGAGAUAUCUCCGCUCCCCAGUGCUGUUUGUUCUUGUUAUGGAACCUCUCAUAGAGAUGUUUAGAAGCAGUAAACAAAUUAAAUGUAUACAAAUUGGCAAGAUAGAGGAAGAAGUUGCGCUAUAUGCAGCUGAUUUGCUGACUUUUUUUGUACUCAAGAUGUCUAGUCAACACCUGCUUUAUGAGAUGCUUGCAAAAAUAUAGCAAACUAUAUGGUUACAAAUUAAGAUCUCCGAAACCUCUGAUGUCCUGCUGUGUAAGGGAACCACACAGGAAGUCUUCAUUUAAACAAGUUCCAUGAUGAAUAAAAUAUCUUACAGUGCAAGUCCCUUCAAACCUCAAAAAUGCAUCCAGACUACAUAUCAGCACUUAAUUCAUUCAAUCAGGACUUACUCAGGCAGGCUAAUUAUCAGCAACAGCAGUGGGAAGAAGAGUCGUAUUCAAGAUGAAAUUUCCACCGUGUUUGGAAUACCAGAUGUAUAAAUUUACCAUCCUGAUAAAUAUUGGGUUAAGGCCUACGUAGCUGGGGAUAGCAUACUUUGGGUUCUUUCAUCACAAGAUCUGACACUCUGCUUCCCGGGGAUAAAUCUGGGCAAUAGGAUUCCAGCUUUUAUAAAAACAAAAAAACCCCAACAACUUGUUUUGAGUACUUUGGCACUCUGUACCUCAAAGCAGCUCCCUAAACCCCCAUAUUUACCCCAUAUAAUUAUGAUAUAUUUCAUAUAAAGCAUGCCAUGUUCUUACAUGAAUGCCAUGUUCAUAUGAGAAAUCAUGAUCUGCUGAAAUCCACUGUUCUGUCCAAAUAUGUAUAUCAUUAGGGUAUAUGAAGUUAUGAGAUUUUGCUGUAUGGUUGUUACUGAGAUGUCUUGUAAGUCUGAGAGUCUCUAAUGCUAAUUCUGCAGUGACAAGGACAAGGGACCUAACCAAAACUUGGGAGGGUGUUGAACGAUCAUCACCAGUCAUUGACCAGCAGGGGAAUAGUAAACAAGUGAUUUACAAUUCAAUGACAGUUGUGCAAGCACCACACAAUGGGGACUGCUCAACUCUGUGAUUCACCAAGGCUCACCUGGGCCUGUGUCUUCCAGGCACAUGGACUGAGGAUAUAAAAUAGGGGACAGUGGCAUCAUGAUAGGGCUUUUCUCCUCCCCCACCUAUGCUGGAAGCAACAAAAAUGCUGGGAAGACAAAGACUUCAGCUGAGGAGACUGGUCCCAGGCUUAAAAGGGGAAGCCUGUGUAUUAAGAACUGAAACAUCCAGUGGGGUGAGAAAACACUAGAUCUAAACACUGUCUAGUGUAACAAGCUUUAAGAUUUAGACUGCGCUCUUACCUUUUAUUUUCUUUGGUAACUAUCUCUGACCUUCUAUGCAUACCACUUAUAAUCACUUAAAAUCUAUCUGUAGUUAAUAAAACUGUUUUAUGUUUUACCUAAAA